GGUGGCAUGUUCGUUGGUGGCAUGCUAACGGAUGGUAUGAUGAAUGAUGAUAUGCUAUAUGACGGUAUGUUAAUUGAACUCUCAUGAUUCUAUAUCCUCGGUCGAAUGAUUUCAUGGGGGUAUUUAUAUUCGACUGAAUAACCGAUAAUCAAUAUCUACUUUUCCAUUCACCACCUGCACAAUUACAAGCACGCAAAAUCAGAAACUCAAAAGCUCAUUGCGGUUUCCGUGUUUUGAUAGCAUAUCUUCUUUAACCAUUGACGUCAUUCGAUAAUCGAGACAUCGCGAAUAAAGCUAUCCUGCCAUUUACUCAAGUUCGAUCGGCAUCUUGCAAUCAAUCAAUAGUAAACAAAACUGUUUCCUCAUUGAAUCAUAUAUCCAUUUAUCAGCCUCUCAAUUGACAAAUUGCAAACAAAUCUACACUCUGCCCAUCUAUUGACCCGUUCAAUACCUCUAACACCAUCAACACCUUCAACCUCCAAGCCAACCUCGAACAAACCAAUAUGACAUCAAUCGCAUCUCAGCAACCCAAACCUAAUCACGGCGACGAAGCUUCCCUCCCCCACCAUUCCAAGUCCAGCUUCGACUCCACAGCCUCUCACCUCGCCGAGAUCAUGGAAGUAUCCAUCCCUGACGGCCGACGCAAUUCUGGCGGCGAAGCCCUACCAUCUUCAGCCGAGACCUGGAAACCCAAUCUUGACAGACGGCAAAGUUGGAAUCAUCAGGAUCUCAAGAGAUUGCAUGUGGAAGAGGGUUUGAAGAAGGAGCAUUGGAGUAAUGAUGCUGGAGCGGAGGGUUUGGGAUAUAGUUAUGAGGGUGAGGAAGGGAAGAAGUGAGGGGCGAGAUGAGAGGAGAGGGUGGGGGGGGGGGGUAUGUGGAAUGGAAGAUGAGGGAUGGGGAUAUUCUGAGGGAACGUUGCUGGGUAUGGUUAUGAUUGAGUUGAAAUAGCAUGAUGUUUGGAUUUGAAGCUAUGGACAUUAAUACGGAAUGAUAUGUGGGUUUCGCAGGCUGAAGCUAAAUUGACAUAAGGGAGGAAGGAAAAACGCACAUCUUGGUCUCGGCGAUCGGGUUUCAAGAAAAAUAUUACCUGUGGUCUCGGUCUAUGACUUGAGAGGAGAGUAUUGCUUUAGUAUCACACACAAAAAUGAAUACUGUUCAUCCCUGAUUAACUCUCUACUGCCAAAAGAAAUCUUGCGUUGUCGGACUUAGGUGUCCACUUUGUUAGUUAGUAUCUGACCAUAAGCUUAAUUUCUAUUGCUUCAAAAGUGACAGGUGGCA